AUGGAGUCGGUAAAAUGGUGUGAAACAAUCACUAAGUCUCCAUUAGCAAUAAUUAUGUCACGAAAGAUUGGAUAUAAGCGAAAAUUUACAAUUAACAUAUCAGCUGCUUAUUCAGCCGAUGUUAGUUGUACACUCCCG